GCCUACUUGAAUGGAACCGCAUUCACAUAGAGAGAAAAAAACUUAUUAAGGGAAAGAGCGUAGUCCAUAGAAAAAUGGCCUGAGUUUUGUUGUGCCCAGUACUGAGUGCCCAACCGUGACUAAAGGGAUGGAUCCCUUGUUGAUAUAGCUGAAAGUGGGUGGAAUCAAUCGUUUAGUAUAGUUGAUCACGGCUGCAUUUAGGAUAGGAGCGAUCUUUUCAUCCAACUAUUACAUACAUAAGAGAAGAAAGCUGUUAGCUUAGGGCAGAGGUAUGCCCUAACUAAGCCUACCCGAGUUCACAGAUGUCGUUGUUUAUCCCUUUCUUUAUUCAUGAAAAUUGGGGGAGUGUUCAGUCUAUCUGAGUAUAAGAUCGAAAAGAAUGAAUGCAUUGAUUGCAUUUCAAGUGAGAUGUCCAAGAGAAAGGGAACGAGGGGAAGAAGCGACGAAGAAAAGAAGUGAAUGAAAAAGCAUGGCAUGACGAGAAUGGAGAAAUUCGAGAUGUUAGAAAGUGCAAAAUCUAUAAUAGCAAAAAUCCGAGAGGAUUACCUCGUUGUUCUUUGUCUCAUAAUAAUUAUUCUGCUUCUUAUCUUCCUAUACUAUUACUUUGACCAAUCUAACAAAUUGGCUUUAGAAUUAAUAAAAAACGAAGACGUCAAAUCUAUCAAAAUCGGUAUGUCAGGUUUAGAAAUUAAAAAGAAAUGAGAACAAGCAUGGCAUGACGAGAAUGGAGAAAUUCGAGAUGUUAGAAGGUGCAAAAUCAAUGGGUGCCGGAGCUGCUACAAUUGCUUCAGCGGGAGCUGCUGUAGGUAUCGGAAACGUAUUCAGUUCAUUAAUUCAUUCCGUGGCAAGAAAUCCAUCAUUGGCAAAACAGUUAUUCGGAUAUGCAAUCCUGGGCUUUGCUCUAACCGAGGCUAUUGCCUUGUUCGCAUUAAUGAUGGCCUUUCUGAUUCUCUUUGUUUUCUAAGUUUAUCCUUUUGAAAGGUGUAGUCUCUCCUACCUGAGGAAGAGGACGAGGCCACCCCCUUUCUUAUUAUUAGGGGUGUGGGAAAGGAGAGAGGGAAUGCGGGCUCCUUUCACU